UAUAUCUAAUGUUUCAGAAAGAAUGGACAAUGUUGAUAAAACCACACUUUUUGGUGAGUUUGAGUCUCCAGCUCACAAACCUUCCGAACACACUCAGUUGAAGCAGUCACCUGGAGCUAGAGUAGAGAAAGAACCUGCGCAAUCAGAGGAACUGGAGACAGAAGCGAUAGAGAAAACUUUAAAGCUUAGAAUCAUUCAGGUUGCAUCAGGGAGUAAAGGUUUCUUCCGUCAUCAACAGAAGGAUGAGCCGGACCUAACCCGACAGGAGAAGAAAAGAAUUGCUGGAGAACUACUGGAAACCAAACCUGCUUUAUUCCUCCAGAGGUUUGGAACCUACCUGAGCGAGGAUCAUCUUGAGUAUUUCGAGGAUCUCGGAGCAGACGAGAACUACGAGGUCGAAUUCUUUCUCCGUGAGGCGAGGCAGCAGCAGUGCAAGUUUGUUCGGGAACAGAAGGUCAAGAACAGGAGGUUUAGAGCUAUGCAACAGAUGAUCAGAGACGGUGAUGAACACUUCAGUGAGGAAUCUAUGCGUCAACGUCAACCUCUUCUUUACCAUCAGCUUAUCCGCCAGCAUCAGACGGCGGAGGAGAGGGCGGAGGCGGACAGGCCGGAUAUGUCCAACUGUAGUCUGGCAAAUAUCAUCAUGGAGCAUAUUGAUAUUGACCGGGAACGUGAAUUAAAGAAAAGACUAGCAGAGGACGAGAACGUCGAGGAGUUUGACUCCGAGAGCGAGGAGGAGGACGAGGAUGAGAGUCCAAACACAAAACUACAGGAGGAGGAUAAGAUGUCCAUGAGAAAAGAGUUUGUUGAAGCAGCGUACCAUAGUUUUCUGGCAGGUACAGAUGCUGGGGUAGAUUACAAGAAGAUCGAUACAGAUUCGAACCUGGACGAUCUUAUUCUCGAGGACAUGGAAACAGAAGAGAGAUAUUUCGAGGAGGACUCAAGAGACGAGUAGAUCAAAGAAGGAUGAAUAUAUCAAAGAAUGAUGAUAAGAUUAUGAAAGGAUGAUGAUAGUAUGGAAUAGAUGAAACAACUCAAACAGUCUGAAGGUGAUAAACGGUUGGAUAAACCUGAAAAUGAUCAGAAAGCAGAAGCAAUGAACUACUUGUUUACUGUCUACAUAGUCUCUCCAUUGAUCUAGGAAACAAUUCAUUCAGAAAAGAAAUCUUGAAGAUAUAAUCAUAUCAGAUGGUUUGAAAGAAAUAUUUCGAUAUUACACUUUUGUUUAGAUCAGAUGUUGAACUUAUUAUAAAAUGUUCUAGAAUA